AUGGGUUCCAGUGGUAGAACCAUCAAGCUUCCUCUCGUGCCACUGGCAAAGGGUACCGUUCUGCUACCCGGUGUGCAGCUUCGCAUUCCUGUAUCGAAUCGCCCCGAUUUGACCAACCUACUGUCGUCACUAGUGGACAAGCCUUCCAAGCGGGAGAGCAACUCGAUCACCUUCGGAUGUAUUCCGUUCAACUCGCCAUUCCUGAGCCGCGACGGACUUCAGCUCAUUGAAGGGGCUGACUCCGACGAAGCACAGAAGGAGGAGUACGAUGCGAUCGAUGCAGGACAGGCCCGGAAGGAGGAUAUCUUCUUGCACGGUACCUUAGCCAAGGUGAUUGGUGUUCAGCGCCGUGCCUACUCGGAGCCGUUCCUGCUUGUCCAGGGAACGCAGCGAUUCACGGUGAAGAAGUUCUUGCGAGACCGGCCAUACUUUGAAGCCGAGAUUGCCAUUCAUGAUGAGACCGCCAUCUCCCUCCACGGCGACUUGGAAGCUGCCGAAUUGUUCCAGCAGUUAAGACAGCUCUCCCGUGAGCUACUCACCCUUUUACGCUUAUCGUCAUUACUAUCGGCCGCCUCAACCCGUUUGUCGCCACUCGUGGCACGGAAAUUCGAACUCUAUAUCGCGAAGACGGAAUUAGGCCAGGCAGGAAGACUCGCGGAUUUCAUGGCCGACGUCUCUGAUGCUAGCUUCGAGGAGAAAUUACGGAUCCUGGCCUCAUUUGACGUUAAACUUCGCCUCCAGAGAGUGGUCGAUAUCUUGACUCGCCAGGCACAGCAUAUCAAGAGCAGUGUGAAAGUCACAUCCAUCACCACAUCGUCUUUCCCAUCCAACGCCGGUGUCGAUAUUGGCCAGAUUGAUCCUCGAGAGCGUGAGGUGUUGGCGCGGCGCGCUCUAUCAGGCCUGUCAGGCCUCACGCCACCCGGCCCGGCUGGGGCACGCGGUGGCAACGAUAAUGAAGAGAAGGAGCCAAAUGAGGUUGAUGAGCUUCAACAGAAGCUCAAGGAUGCCCAGCUCACCCCCGAGGCUCAAAAGAUUGCUGACAAGGAGCUGAAGCGUCUGCGUAAGAUGAAUCCCGCCAACGCCGAAUAUGGGGUCUGUCGCACCUACCUGGAGAAUUUGUCCGAAAUUCCAUGGACUAAGGUGACCCAGGAUCAGCUCGGUUCAGAGACAUUGAAACUAGCCCGCAAGCAGUUGGAUGAGGACCACUACGGAUUGGAGCGGAUCAAGAAGAGAUUGCUGGAGUAUCUGGCCGUUCUCCGAUUGAAGCAAUCGAGCAACCAGGAAAUGGAAAAGAAUAUCAUUGCCAUGACCAAGGAUCUCGACACGGCGUCAUCCGGUGAUCUUGAGAAGGACGUUCCGUUGCUUUCCGAGAGUGAUCGUGUGGCUCUUGAAGCCCGACUAGAGGGUCUCAAGUCGAAGCGCAUGACUGAUAAGUCCCCUAUCUUGCUUCUUGUAGGCCCCCCCGGAACUGGCAAGACCAGUUUAGCUCGAUCAGUUGCCACCUCUCUUGGUCGCAAGUUCCACCGAAUUUCUCUCGGUGGUGUGCGGGACGAGGCGGAAAUCCGUGGUCACCGGCGUACCUAUGUUGCAGCUAUGCCCGGCCUGAUCGUUAAUGGGCUGAAGAAGGUCAACGUGGCCAACCCAGUGUUUCUCCUAGAUGAGAUCGACAAGGUUGGCGGCGCAAACUUCCAGGGAGAUCCAUCUGCGGCCAUGCUGGAGGUUUUGGACCCGGAGCAGAACCACACCUUCACAGACCAUUAUAUCAAUAUCCCUAUUGAUCUGAGCAAGGUUCUCUUCAUUGCCACGGCCAACUCUUUGGACACUAUUCCGGCACCACUGCUGGACCGAAUGGAGACGAUCCAGCUGUCUGGAUACACGACAGUUGAGAAGAGGCACAUCGCCAAGCGCCACCUGAUUCCGAAGCAGAUUAGAUCCAAUGGUCUGUCGGAUGGGCAAGUUCACCUAUCUGAUGAAGUGAUCGAUAAAACUAUUACCUCUUACACUCGCGAGUCCGGUGUUCGGAACUUGGAGCGUGAGCUUGGUUCUAUCUGUCGUCACAAGGCUGUUCAAUACGCCGAUGCUGGUGACUCUGGCCGUCUGGAAAACUAUAACCCGGUUGUAAGCGUUGAAGACCUGGAAGUUAUCCUUGGAAUUGAGCGAUUUGAGGAAGAAAUUGCUGAGAAGCACGGUCGUCCUGGUGUAGUCACGGGCCUCGUGGCAUACUCGACAGGUGGCCAGGGAAGCAUCUUAUUUAUCGAGGUUGCCGACAUGCCUGGCAAUGGCCGUGUUCAACUGACCGGCAAGCUUGGUGACGUUCUGAAGGAGUCCGUCGAGGUGGCUCUCACAUGGGUCAAGGCUCACUCCUUUGAGCUAGGACUCACGCAUGAUCCUAACGAGGAUGUGAUGAAGAGCCGUAGCCUGCAUGUCCACUGCCCAUCGGGCGCUAUCCCCAAGGAUGGGCCUUCGGCCGGUCUUGCUCACACCGUGGCACUCAUCUCCCUCUUCAGCAACAAGGCUGUUCCUCCUCAGAUAGCCAUGACUGGUGAGAUCUCGCUGCGUGGCCGCGUGAUGCCAGUUGGUGGUAUCAAGGAGAAGCUCAUCGGUGCCUUGCGUGCAGGCGUCAAGACUGUACUACUUCCCCCAGCCAACCGCAAGGAUGUCAAGGACGUUCCUCAGGAGGUCCACGAUGGUCUGGAAAUCAUCUAUGUCCAGAAUAUCUGGGAAGCUCUAGGAAAGAUCUGGCCAGAUGCUCACUGGCCUGGCCAACACGUGAAUUUGAUCGAGAGCCGACUAUAG